CAGCGAUCAGAGUAGAACAGGCCUCAAGCACUGAAACUAAGGCAAAGUGAAAGAAAGCUGAAUUGAUGGAGUAGGCCACCUAAAUUCAACACGUCCAUUAAAGAAGAACAGGUGGACAGGAAAACAGACCAGUAGACGAGAGGAAGACAAACCAAUCAAAAUGGCUCACAGAUGGACACCCAGACACUCGCUCUUCUGUGUCCUGGUGUUUCUCGUCUUCCCACACACAGGAUUAUCAAACAAGGGGAUAUGCAUUACUCUUACAAAAGAGGAAGCAUCCGUUAUCCUGAGCUGUGUCCUAUCUAAGAAUAUUACCGCAGUGGUUCAGACAAGCUGGGAGAAGGGCCUCACCCCAGGCAGAACAAAUAUUGGGACUUUUCACCCAGAACAUGGCCCCCAUGUCCCUGAACAGUACAUAGACCAGGUGGAGCUCCUAAAUGACAAGUCCAACCCCCACGAGACCUCCUUGAGGCUGAAGAACGGAGCGAUGAACGACACCAAUAUCUUCUGCUGUGUGUUCAACACCUUCCCCACGGGGACACUGGACAGCUGCAUAGACAUCAGCCAAAUCAACGACACCCAAGCGCUGACACAAGAGAAAUCUACAGGGGAUGACCAAAGGCUUGUGAGGCACGGGGCAUUACUGGUUGGAGGCAGCUUUCUCACUCUUCUCAUUUUGAGCAUGCUCAUAUUCUUUUGCUGGAGAAAGAACAGAAGGGCAAACUCGUUUCAGAUACAGAGUGCAGAGCCUCGGUCAGAAUCCGAGGCACACACUGAGACUCUUCCUCAGCCAAACCCCCCUCAAGGAUUUGAUCCAUCCAAACUGUACGCCAAAAUUAAACAGGAUCUGUACUAUGGCCGGCUGUGGAAGUCCUACCAGGGGAGACCACAAACCUAGAGCCCAAGACGCCUCCCAACAACCAAGGACGAUUUGAAGAACAUUCUCCUCCACAGACAAAGGAGGAACCUAUAAAGAAACAUGACAAAAUACACUUCUGUGUGAAUGUGGAAACAGACUACAAAGAUUUCAAUGACUUAGUUGCUUACACACACUUAGAAUGCACAUGCAAAACAAUAAUGCACAAUGUAAAUACAUCAAUGCAAAAUGUAAAUGAGACAUAGGUCUGUUUACUUUAUAUUUUUAGAUAAUUAUGCUAUGAGCACAAAUGAACAUCACACAUUUGCUUUUACUGUAUCCACUUAUUGUUGAAUAAUGAAGACAAAAUGAAGAUUGCUUUGUAUAUGACUAAAUUGUGUUAUCUUUCAACUUUGAUAGUGGCAAUGACCAGCUACUGAUGUGACACAUACUUCCACUUGUAUAUGUAGUUUAGGUGCUAUUUAGGCCUAUUUCUAUUUAAUCAAAUGUGUCCAGAGGACUCAGUCCAGAUAUUUUUACAUUAUGCCACUCUGUUGCUUCUGGAUUUCACUUUUACAAUAUAUCACCUAUGGCCCGCUACAACUGCAUUAUGUAGACUAAAGUUUAUAAGUGGGCCUCAAU